AUGUCGGACUCUCCUCCUCCCCCCUCGCCUCAAUGGAGUUUCUCCUCCAUGGCUGGAAACACCAUGCAGUUCCUGCGUCUUCCCGUGCUGGCGUCUUCAGGCCUGGCGGUCAUCGCCAGCAGCUUGUUAUACUUUAAGCAAAAUGAAUUGAUCUAUCCACGCAAUGUCCCUGCUGAUGCUCGCACCCACGUCCCCAAACCUUCGGCGUUCGGCAUCUCCGACUACGAGGAUCUCCAGAUCCCCACCUCGGAUGGAGAGUCGCUGAACGCACUGUUCAUCCGUCCGUCAAAGAAAGAGCGUGCCCAGGAUAUCACGAUUCUCAUGUUCCACGGAAACGCAGGCAACAUUGGACAUCGGGUCCCCAUCGCCAAAGUCCUGACGCGGACGCUGAACUGCAACGUCCUUAUGCUGGAAUACCGCGGCUAUGGGCUGUCGACUGGAACGCCAGACGAAAAGGGUAUUAACAUCGACGCUCAGACGGCGCUCGACUAUAUUCGCCAUCGUGCAGAGACUAGGGAUAACAAGAUCAUCGUCUACGGACAAAGUCUGGGCGGUGCUGUGGCCAUCAACCUCGUCGCCAGGAAUCAGCAAAAGGGCGUGAUUUCGGGUCUUAUAUUGGAAAACACCUUCCUCUGCAUUCGAAAACUUAUACCGUCUGUUUUCCCGCCUGCCCGAUAUCUGGCACGUCUCUGCCAUCAAUACUGGGGCAGCGAGGACGUGCUCCCCAAAAUCCAAGACAUUCCCAUUCUCUUUCUCAGUGGGCUGAUGGAUGAGAUAGUCCCCCCCUCACACAUGUCCCAGUUAUACGACUUGUGCAGGUCAUCCACCAAAGUCUGGCGGGAGCUUCCCAGCGGCGGCCACAACGACAGUGUCGCCGAGCCGAGCUAUUUCGAUUACAUCCAGUCUUUUGUGGUCGAUCAUGUUCUUGACUAG